CCAAGUUGCAUUUGCAAAUGUUUCAUUAUCCCAGUUUGCUGUUUUGUGUGUACUGUUCCCUCCCAUCUGCUCUCUCUGUCUCUUGUAAAUCGGAUCAAGCCUGAUUCCCCUCACGUCAAACCACAUGAUCCCAUAAAACAUUCAUCACCUCUCAAUCCCUGAUCCAGCUCCAUAAAACAUUCAUCGUUGCUUUUCCUCUCACUGCUUUUCCAUAGAGUAAGUGGGGAAGGGAAGAAGAAGAAAAAAAAAGAACAGUGAUUUCACCAGGAGCGCCUGGCAGCCAGAGGAAGCACAUCACACAUUGAUGUGCUACAAGAGUGCGGGGGAGACAGGGAGCUCUCAUUACCAGCUGUCUCUAUGGUGGAGGAGACACACUCAUACAACUACCCCAUACACAACUAGUUCCGAUCGGGGAACACACACACCAAGCACUGGCUACUCACACUGGAUGUUGAAGGCAAACAAGAAGAUCGUGAUUGUGCCCCCCAAAAGACUGAAGAGGGCAAGCAGAUGGGGAAUACUCUUUGCUGUGUUUCUGGAGUGUGAUUCAUUUUACUGAAGUUUCCAUAUCCUAAGGAUUGCCUGUACAUUUUAUUUUUAUGUGCAAAAGGGAAUUAAACACAAGGAUGAAGCUAUUGUGUAACAAAGGAGCUUCCAGUGAUUGAUGUAUGAGUUCCUUUUCAUUGUUUGGACUUGUGGGAAUGAGGAACAGCUCUUCUGUGGUUCAAAAGAAAAUUCAAAGAAAAUGAAAGAUUUCACGUUAUAAACAUGCAAGGCGCUAAGCUGCUCUUACUCCUUACUUGCUGCAUAAUUUACAUAUUUAAAGUGGAAUGUUGUCCAGAAACCUGCCUGUGCUACAAUGAACCGAAAAUCACCUUCAGUUGUUCACAGCAAAGACUGACUUCCAUCCCUUUAUACAUUCCAACACAGACUCAGCGUAUUUUUCUUCACAAUAACAAAAUAACAUUUGUAAGGGCAACUAGCUUCACCUCCUGCCAGAACCUUUCUAUUCUAUGGAUCCAUUCAAACAACAUCAGUCAUAUAGAGUCUGGAGCAUUUUAUGGAUUAACAAAACUGGAAGAACUCGACAUGAGUGACAACUAUAACCUUAGAUCUGUUUCUCCACUCACAUUUCGAGGUCUUGUUCACUUACAUACUUUACACCUCAAUCGCUGUGGUCUGCAGGACUUACCUCUUGGAAUCUUCCAAGGCCUUUUCUCUUUGCAGUACCUCUAUCUUCAUGAUAACAACCUUUACUUCUUGCAUGAUGACACAUUUGUAGAUCUGGGGAACCUCACUUACUUGUUUCUUCAUGGCAACAAACUAAGUACCCUAUCUGAAAAUGUAUUUAGUGGCCUCAUAAAUUUAGACAGAUUACUGGUUCAUCAAAACAGGCUGGAUUAUAUCCAUCGCAGAACUUUUCAUGAACUUAAGAAAGUAACAACUCUCUACUUGUUUAGUAACAACUUAACCGUACUCAAGGGAGAAAUACUGUCACCUUUAGUAUCCCUUCAAUACCUACGUUUAAAUGCAAACCAGUGGACCUGUGACUGCAGAGCUAAAUCCCUCUGGAACUGGUUGAAAGCAUUUAAAGGCUCAUCAUCAGAGCUAGAGUGUUAUGUUCCACCAAACCUAGCUGGGAAGGACCUUAAAAAACUAGUCAUCGCAGAUCUUGAUGGAUGUGCCAAUACUUCUUUCCAUCAAAUGAGAACAGGUUUAUUUGGAGUCAAGGGCGAAGAGAUUGCAGACAGCUGCUGUCAACCUCCAGUCGAUAAGUCCCUAAUUACUGGAACAAAUGCUAAGUCUGGCCCAUCUUCUCAUACAAGUAGAGUUUUGCCAAAUAUCCCAGUCAAAGACAAAGAAAAUAUUUCAAAGACAAAAAUCAUUGGUAAUUCUGACCCUAAGAAAAACAAAACUUAUAAGCCUAUUAAUCACUCUCCUUUUGGAACAUUCACAAGCAAAGUAGAUAACUCUUUAACAAAGUUGAAUCAAAAUAAUGUUUUUGAUUCAGUUGAACCAUCUACUGUCCCAAACAAAAAGAGGCUUCCCUGCUCAAAAAAAGUUAAGUCAAAAUCACAGUGUCGAAUGUACCAACCAGGAACCAACUCUGCAUUACCGAAUUUGCACACCAUGGAUCUUCUAUAUAUAACUCUGAUUUUCAUCCACCAGAUGCACUUUUAAGCUCUCUAUCACACAGUUUCUCUCUCUAUCUCUCUCUCUCUAUAUAUAUAUAUAUAUAUAAAUAUUUUUGGGUUUAAGGAAGUUUCAAAGAAAGACUAUGAAUGACCUUAAUAAAUUGUUGCUACUAUAUACAAAAAUGUGCAUAAACAAAUGGCUUCACAAAAGGUUAUUGGUUAUUUUUUUAUGGUUGUGUACUUAAGAGUGCAGCAAGUGAAAAAAAUAUUGCUUUAUUCCUCAUAUAUUUAAGGAUAUGUUUAAUCCUUUAAAGAUUGAAAAAAAAAAAAAGCUAAACCUGAAUGUUUAGCCUUUAUUUGUAUUUAAAGUUGUACUUAAAAUGAUUCAAAGUGUACAUUGCAAAGAAAAUGCUGUUGUCUGCUCUGUUUAUGACUUAGAGUUUAUUGUAAUUAUUUCUGUCAUUAUGUUACUGGGUAGUAUUUGUUGAAGAAUGCUAUCCAUUUACUUAAACAUUUUCCAUGUAUACACAUAUAGAUAUGCAUUUUAUUUUAACUGUGCCGAAUUAAGUAAAAAAUAAAUCUGUUCUUUUUUU